UGCGCUUCCUCGACUGCGAGCAGCCUCUAUUGUUCGAUCGCCGUCAAUAGCAGGCCGUCUUCCCAGUCCGCCGCUCCCACCGCUCGUUUUAUCUCAUCUUCUCACUCUCAGCUUAGCUGCUGCGGGACAGGAGAAGGAUGUGUUUGUCCGUUGUCUGCCUUUGAACUUCGGUGUUAACGAAGCUUGCGCUCGAACUCGCCCCGAACUGAAAGUCGCAAACGAAGCCCGCUGGGCGCGCAGUUUCCGUAUAGAUCAUUAUCUCGUUUCCGGCUUACGAUCCCCAUUUCCCAACCAUGGAUCUCGCCAAUACGCUCAUCCGCAGCGUGGUGCGUGCUUUCUACGAGACGCGCCACAUCCUGGUGGUCGAUGCGCUCUUCAUACACUCCGUACUUCAUGCAGAAGACCUGGCCUAUCUUCUGGGCAUGCAGCAGAAAGAUCUGCGAAAACUCUGCGGUCGACUGCGCGAGGAUCGCCUUAUCGCGGUUCAUACGCGGACUGAACUUCGCGAUGGCUCUACUCGUCCCGUCAACCGUGAAUACUACUAUAUCCCGCUUCAUCCAGUAAUCGAUGCGAUCAAGUACCGGGUCUCCAAGUUGACCUCGACAAUCAAGGCUCAGUAUACCCCCAGUCAGGAAAGGAAGGAAUAUAUCUGUCUCAGGUGCAAGGCAGAAUGGACGGAGCUUGAUGUGCUUAGCUUGGUGGGAGAGGAGGGAUUCGAAUGUCAGAACUGCGGUGCGAUUCUCGAGCGGACCGAAGAUGUGAAAGGGGCUGAGGGUAUCGAUCGUACGGGGCACGAAAAGAACAGCAAGCUCAUGGCCCAGUUGGACAAGAUGUUGAAGUUGUUGAAGCAGAUCGACUCCGUCGAGGUACCUCCGAACGACUUCGAGACGGCUUGGGAUCACAAGAUCGAUGUCGUGCGCAACCAGCAGAUCAACCCGACCAGGCAGGCAGUGGCUGUUCCGUCUAAGCAGCAACAGACCGUACGGGGAAUAGCAAGGACUGACGCUGCGGCCCUUGAGGUCUCCCUUACAUCAUCUGCGGAGAAGAGCGCUGCGGAACAGGCGGAGGAAGCGGCACGGAAGGCUGCGUUGGAGAAGCAAAACGCUCUUCCAGUCUGGCACACACACUCCACUGUCAGUACUAGUGCUGGCAAUCUUACCCAGAUCAAGACGGAGACGGACGGCGUCGUCAAGUCAGAAAUCAAGGAAGAGGAACAGAAGCCGGAUAUCGAUGCGCUCGACGAUAAAGUCGCCGCAUACUACGCGGAAAUGGCUCGAGAGAACGAGCUACAAGCCCAACGAGAUGUCAGCAGUGCAGAAGACUCGGACGAAGAGGAAGACGAGUUCGAAGACGUCGGUCUAUCUACCAGCGACUCUGCCACUCCUGCCGUCGCAGCUGCGACGAGCGUUCCAGCCGCACCCUCGCCCACGGCCGGGGUGAAGAGAGAAUUAGACUCAGAAUCCAGCAGCAGCGCACCCCAGACAGCCGUAGCCACCCCGUCUACGCCCGCGGACGAGGGUCCAGUGGCGAAGAAGGUCAAGGUGGAACCAGAUGCACCCACGGUAAAGAGAGAAGAGGAAUCAGACGAAGACGACGAAGAAUUCGAAGACGUCUAAGUUUCCCUUCCAUUCCAACCGUCCCUCAACUUUCAAUCGAAACAAACAAAACAAUCAAUCAAUCAUCAAUCAUCAACUACAAUAAACCUCCAUCUGAAUGAAGCACACUCACUUCCUCUUUCCACCCCCCGAGGAGCAGUAUCAAUUUGAGCUUCAAUGUCCUAUAAAAAAAGAGUUUACCACGAAGAAACCCUUGAAAGCGACAUUCUGUAAAAUCACAAAAAAUGCUUUUAAAGCAAUUCUUCCAUAUUCAGAGGCGAUAGCGAUCUUGCAAGACUUAUUACUUUUUUUUUUUUUUUUUU